AUGAGCUGCAAAGUCUUUGAAACUGAGGAAUGUCGCGUCUGGACGGGGGCCCUGGGCACGCCGAUGCACGUCAUCGAAGACGCAGAGCAGCACGAGCUGGACGUGAUCCCCUUCAACCUUCAGAUCUGGCUGAAAGUUCAGACUAAUAAUUCGUCUGUGGGCGUCCAGAGCUUUCCACAUCAAGGUCUCUAUUUGGCGAAAACUCCUAAACUCGGCGCCAAUCAGCGAAAUCAACGCAUCUUGCUGCCAGUUAUGGCAUUAUCUUGCUUUUCCAUAUACAGCCCGUCGCCAUUUGUGUCGAGUGUUCUGGUGGUGCUGGACGCGGAUGAUACGUCGCAACAAGGGUAUUUCUUUGGGCGGGUUCGCCGAGCAACAUUAGGAUCGCAAGCAAGUGGCAAGGUGCUGUCGGAUGGCCAAGACUAUGGCGCGUUCUAUGACACUGAAGUGGCAGAAGAGCUUCUGGCUGCUUUGCAUGCAGCUUUCCCUAAGGUGCAGCUAUCCAGCUCCGCGAAAGAUUGUCUCGCUAAAAGAGAAAUAAGUCGUCGUGCUACCGGUGUUAAGCUUGGCGAGAUGGUUAAGCGCAGGAAAACGCUGUCAGCGGAGGCAUUUUACGGAUCAAAUGCUGUAAAGUCGACGGUGUCGGGCCCUUCAAACGGCCUCUCAGUCUCGAAGGCACAGCACCGAUAUCAUCGUCUUUUCCUCGACAACAAGAAGCUUUCGAGUUCGCAGAUCAAGUUGCUGCACUCAGACGGCGUGUCAAAGCUACCAGCAGCGCAUCGCCAGGAAUUGGAUACGGUGGUGACUCCACACCCCGUGUUUUCUCCUUCGAGAAACUACAAGAAAACCCGCGACGAUCAAAGGCAUGUCUAUGAGAUCAUACGUGAAGGAGUGCCCUGCCGACUUUACUUUGAUUUGGAGUUCAAGCGUGGAAUCAAUCUGCAUGUAGAUGGUGAUGCACUUGUGGCUAGACUGGUGUCCUUACUCCAACUUCAGCUUUUCCGCAGGUAUGGUCUUCGCGUGCACCAUCGAGAUAUUUAUCAGCUGGAUUCGUCAACACCCGCUAAAUUCAGCCGCCAUCUCAUCUUUCACUUUCCUGAUGGCAACCUCUUCAGGGACAACCUUCACGCUGGAGCGUUUGUGCGCGAGUUUAUCAACGAUCUUGUGGAUCUGACUGACUACACAUCCGCACCGGACGAUCUACUGUCGCCAUUUCUCGUUAACACCGAGUCUGGGAAUGACCCUGUGGACAAAAAGCAGCUUUUCAUCGACACCGGUGUUUACACUCGAAAUCGCAUGUUCCGGGUAUUGGGCUCGUCAAAGUUCAAGAAACACGCGAUCUUACGUCCACUCAAUGCUGCUGAAACCGAGCUCGAUCUCGACUUGUUUGUAAACACAUUAGUGUGUCCGUAUCCAUCUCUUGAAUCCAUGGAGCUCGAUCGAAAGACGAAGAAUUACCGACUGCUUCGAUGCGAGUCGUCUGUAGUGUUGCAACGUAGCCGAAAAUCUACCUAUGCUGGUGCCAAGAGUAUUACUUCCUCAUCAGUUGAAUGCCGGCGAUCGAUAUAUCCCAUGUUGGAUGCGUUCAUUCGCUCUCAAGCAACAACAGGUGGUGUUCAAGGCGAAAUCCGUGCAAUUCAGAUGUUAAUGACAAGCAACUCGACGGUGUUGGCCGUACUACCUGGUCAAGAGGAUGUUCAAGAAGCUGAGGAUAAUGCAGCUAAACCACAACCGUGGAUGAUUAUCUAUCACAUGGCACGCAAUCGUUGGUGUGCGAACAUUAGGCGCCCACACAAGAGCAACAAUGUCAUGUUCAUUGUGGACAUCGACCAACGCGUAUUUUACCAGAAAUGUCAUGAUCCAGCCUGUCAAGCUAUAGAUUUCAGGUCGUCACCACAGCCCCUCCCUCCACACAUCAACUUUAGCGUAGAUGAAAAGGAAACUCGAAGCGAUCAUUGCUGA